AUGCCAGGAAAUUUGUACCAAAUUCCCGUGGGCACGUGCGUAAUGUCUGAUGGACCCCGCAAUCCUCCACAGAGGAAAAUAAUUUGCAUUUUAAAGAGCGCAAGACUACAGCAUCAGCGCGUCGAGUUGCUGAACCGCACGAUGCAGCGCCUCGAAAAAUUAUCAAGUGUAGUGGAGACUUCAUUAAGUAGGGUUCAACGACCCGCCUGA